AGGGUGGGAGUGGGUUAGCGCGCGCCGCCCGUCCGUCGUGGUUUCCUGGCUGCGCGCGGCGGUGGCGGAGUUGCUGCAGCCUGAGCAGCAGUCGCGAAGAUGGCGGAGGGGUUGGAGCGUGUGAGGAUCUCCGCGUCGGAGCUGCGAGGGAUCCUGGCCACCCUGGCUCCGCAGGCCGGGAACAGAGAAAACAUGAAGGAAUUAAAGGAGCCCAGACAGCGCAAAGAUAACAGGCGCCCAGAUCUGGAAAUCUAUAAGCCUGGUCUUUCUCGAUUAAGGAACAGACCUAAAAUUAAGGAGCCUUCUGGGAGUGAGGAAUUUAAGGAUGAAAUUGCUAAUGACAGAGAUUCUCCUGUGAUUGGAAAUGGUACACAGGUCAUUAAAGAUGUCUGCAAGGAAAUGGACAAUGAACAGCAAAAUGAGCCUGUAGAACCAGAAAACAAUCAGGCACAAGAGACUUUUUCUCGAACUGCUGGACAAGAGGAUCGAAGCCUAAGAAUCAUCAAGAGAACAAAGAAACCAGACCUACAGAUCUAUCAACCUGGACGGCGGCUGCAGACCAUUACCAAAGAGUCAACUAGCCGGGUGGAUGAGGAAGAAAUCCUUAGCCAGGUAGAACAAUUGAGAGUAGAGGAAGAUGAGUGUAAAGAAAAAAUUGUAAAAGAGCAAGUUGUGAAUAAGUUAGACAAAGCUGAGACAGAAAAGAACCAAAGUAAUGACAGAGGAAGGACUACAAAAGGAGAAAAAGGAAAAAGGAUUGAAAAAGGGGAGGGGAUGAAGAAAGUGAAUGAGGACCUAGCUCAAGGAAAGCCUGGAUCUGCAAAGCGCUACUCUCGCUCAGACAAACGAAGGAACCGCUACCGCACUUGUAGUACCAGCUCAGCUGGUAGCAACAACAGUGCUGAGGGACCUAGCCUGACAGAUAAUGGAUGUCGCCGCAGACGUCAGGAUCGGACCAAGGAGAGGCCUCGGCUGAAGAAGCAAGUAUCAAUGUCCUCAACUGAUUCCUUAGAUGAAGAUAAAAUUGAUGAGUCCUAUGGGUUAGGGCCCAGGAGGAACUCAGAAAGGAAGAAGCAUUUAGAGAGAGACUGGUCUGGCCAUGGGGAGGGUGAACUGAAAAGCAAAGAUAAUCGAGGCACUCUUCGUGUCACUUUUGAUACAGAAACUGUGAACAAAGAUUCCCCUGUGGUGAGGUCAUCUAGGGAGGAUGUGGAUAGGGCAAAGCCUGACAAAGGCUUGAACAAUGGGGGCAAGGGCUCUGAGAAGCAGGAGUCUAAAAACCUGAAACAAGAACUUCGGGGUCGUGGUCGUGGCAUUCUGAUUCUGCCUGCCCAUACUGCCCUAUCUGUCACUUCAGUAGGUUCUCCAGAAUCCACACCUUUGGGACCUCGACUUUUAUUUGGAUCUAGUACUAAGGGUUCUCGGAGUUGGGGCCGUGGAGGCACUACACGACGACUGUGGGACCCAAACAAUCCUGAUCAGAAACCUGCUCUAAAGAGCCAGACACCUCAGCUACAUUUCUUGGACACUGAUGAUGAAGUCAGUCCUACAUCUUGGGGUGAUUCACGCCAGGCCCAAGCAUCUUACUAUAAGUUUCAAAACUCAGACAACCCCUAUUAUUAUCCUCGGACACCAGGCCCUGCCUCCCAAUAUCCCUAUACAGGAUAUAGCCCUCUACAAUACCCAGUGGGCCCUACCAAUGGUAUGUACCCAGGACCUUACUACCCAGGAUAUCCAACUCCAUCAGGGCAAUACGUAUGUGGUCCUCUUCCUGCGAGCACCAUGAGUCCUGAGGAGAUAGAGCAGCAUGUGAGGAACAUGCAGCAACAGGAGCUACAUAGGCUUCUCCGUGUGGCCGAUAACCAGGAGCUACAACUCAGCAACUUGCUUUCCAGGGAUCGCAUCAGUACUGAGGGCAUGGAGAAGAUGGCUCAGCUCAGAGCUGAACUGCUACAGCUGUACGAGCGCUGUAUUCUAUUAGAUAUUGAAUUCUCUGAUAAUCAGAAUGUGGAUCAAAUCCUAUGGAAGAAUGCUUUCUACCAGGUAAUUGAGAAGUUCAGGCAGCUUCUCAAGGAUCCAAAUAUUGAGAAUCCAGAACAGAUUCGGAACAGACUCUUGGAGCUCUUGGAUGAGGGUAGUGAUUUCUUUGAUAGUUUGCUUCAGAAGCUGCAGGUUACUUACAAGUUCAAACUGGAGGACUACAUGGAUGGUCUUGCCAUUCGCAGCAAGCCAUUACGCAAGACAGUAAAAUAUGCUUUGAUCAGUGCUCAGCGAUGUAUGAUUUGUCAAGGAGAUAUUGCUAGGUAUCGGGAACAAGCCAACGAUACAGCGAACUAUGGGAAAGCGCGCAGUUGGUACCUGAAGGCCCAGCACAUUGCUCCCAAGAAUGGGCGUCCCUAUAACCAGUUGGCUUUGCUGGCAGUGUAUACAAGGAGGAAGCUUGAUGCUGUAUAUUAUUAUAUGCGCAGCUUAGCUGCCAGCAACCCUAUCCUGACUGCCAAGGAGAGUCUAAUGAGCUUGUUUGAAGAGACCAAGCGAAAGGCAGAACAGAUGGAAAAGAAGCAACAUGAGGAAUUUGAACUGAGCCCUGAUCAGUGGCGGAAAGGAAAGAAGUCUACUUUCCGACAUGUUGGAGAUGACACCACUCGUCUGGAGAUCUGGAUUCAUCCAUCGCAUCCCCGGUCUUCCCAGGGCACUGAGUCUGGGAAGGAUUCUGAACAGGAGAAUGGGCUGGGAAGCCUGAGCCCCAGUGAUCUGAACAAAAGGUUCAUCCUCAGUUUUCUCCAUGCCCAUGGGAAGCUGUUUACCCGGAUUGGGAUGGAGACAUUCCCUGCAGUGGCUGAGAAGGUUCUCAAGGAGUUCCAGGUAUUGCUGCAGCAUAGUCCAUCUCCUCUUGGAAGUACUCGAAUGCUACAGCUUAUGACCAUCAACAUGUUUGCUGUACACAACUCGCAGUUGAAAGACUGCUUCUCAGAGGAGUGUCGUUCUGUGAUCCAGGAGCAAGCUGCAGCCCUGGGCCUAGCCAUGUUUUCUCUACUGGUACGGCGUUGUACCUGCUUACUUAAGGAAUCUGCCAAAGCUCAGCUGUCCUCUCCCGAGGGCCAGGACGACCAAGAUGACAUCAAGGUGUCUUCCUUCGUCCCAGACCUGAAAGAACUGCUUCCCAGUGUGAAAGUCUGGUCAGACUGGAUGCUCGGCUACCCAGAUACCUGGAAUCCUCCCCCCACAUCUCUGGAUCUGCCCUCACAGGUUGCUGUGGAUGUGUGGUCAACAUUGGCCGAUUUCUGUAACAUAUUGACAGCGGUGAAUCAGUCUGAGGUGCCACUGUACAAGGACCCGGAUGAUGACCUCACCCUUCUUAUCCUGGAAGAGGAUCGGCUUCUCUCGGGUUUUGUCCCCUUGCUGGCUGCCCCUCAGGACCCCUGCUACGUGGAGAAAACCUCGGAUAAGGUUAUUGCAGCCGACUGCAAAAGGGUCACAGUGCUGAAGUAUUUUCUGGAAGCCCUUUGUGGACAAGAAGAGCCUCUGCUGGCAUUCAAGGGUGGAAAAUAUGUGUCAGUGGCACCAGUCCCAGACACCAUGGGAAAGGAAAUGGGAAGCCAAGAGGGAAAACAACUGGAAGAUGAGGAGGAGGACGUGGUGAUUGAAGACUUUGAGGAAGAUUCAGAAGCUGAAGGCAGUGGGGGUGAGGAUGACAUCAGGGAACUUCGGGCCAAGAAGAUGGCUCUAGCCAGGAAGAUAGCGGAGCAGCAGCGUCGCCAGGAAAAGAUCCAGGCUGUGCUGGAGGACCAGAGUCAAAUGAGACAGAUGGAGCUGGAGAUCAGACCCUUGUUCCUCGUACCUGACACCAACGGCUUCAUUGACCACCUGGCCAGUCUGGCACGACUGCUGGAGAGCAGGAAGUACAUCCUGGUAGUGCCUCUCAUCGUGAUCAAUGAACUGGAUGGCCUGGCCAAAGGACAGGAGACAGACCACCGGGCAGGAGGGUAUGCCCGUGUAGUACAAGAAAAGGCCCGGAAGUCAAUUGAGUUCCUUGAACGAAGAUUUGAAAGUCGGGACUCUUGUCUGCGGGCCUUGACCAGCCGUGGAAAUGAACUUGAAUCCAUCGCCUUUCGCAGUGAAGACAUCACUGGCCAGCUGGGUAACAACGAUGACUUGAUCCUUUCUUGCUGCCUCCACUACUGCAAAGACAAGGCUAAGGACUUCAUGCCCACCAGCAAAGAAGAGCCAAUCCGCCUGCUGAGGGAGGUGGUGUUGCUGACGGAUGACCGAAACCUGCGUGUGAAGGCUCUGACGAGAAAUGUGCCUGUGCGGGACAUCCCAGCCUUCCUUACGUGGGCCCAGGUGGGCUGAGGGGGCCAUGCUAGGGUCCACCAACAAUGGAACCAUUCCUGAGAGGCCACCAGGCACCCACUGUAGCACAGAAGAUGCCCACGUGCCUGAGCCACCAAUCCACCCAGAUAAUAAACCAUCCUCUUCCAACCCACGCCGUGGCCGUGCUGUGGGGGAGCUGCUCCUCACAGAGCCCCUUCCAAGGGUCGGGUGGAAGCUGCUGGGGCCCUCCUGGGCUGCCAAGAUUUAGCAGGGAGGUGGCUGGCUACAGUGACAACGGGUGGACAAGCCAGACAGGCCGCCCAUGCUCUCAGCCUUUCUCCCCGUCUCGUUCAGGGCUGGGGCGAGGUCUGCUAACCCCCAAGACUUGGCCACUUUCUCUAGUGGUGAUGGAGUAGGGGUUCUAGUUUCCAUCAGAUACAGGUGAAAUCACAGACCCCUUUUAAUAUGCAGAACCUCUGGCAUGAAUGUGUCCUAGAGGCUUUGGCUGUGUUGUGAAGAAAGUGCCCGGGGUAUUUGUCUCCCUGAGGCAUAGAUCCCCCCCAACACCCCACCAUGGACCUUGUAGUUAGGUUCCAUUCCUAAUAGCAGCCCCAGUCCCCCAACCUCCACUACACCCCCCCACACAUACACACACAUCCAUCCUUCUUCCUUGUCCUGUCAAUCUGUGUCCCUUGCACUUUUCCCUGUUUCCCCUAAACUACCACGGGUCUUGAGGAACAGACAUCUGGUCUCAGGCUCAUACUUCCUGGGUGGGCUACUCACUCUGCUCACCUGCGCAUUCCCCCCUCCUUGACCUUUUGCUGAUCGCUUUUGGGGGAAAUCCUUCAGACCUAUCCUUCCAUCACCAACCCUCAUCCUGAACAUCUCUUUGCCCUUCCCUUUGUAGUUGCUCUUUCACAGGCCCUGGUCCCCUCAACUUCCUCACCUCAGUUCCUCCUCAUGGGGGUUCUCUGAAUCUUCCUCCUCUACCACCUGUGGCAGGAACCUAUUAAAGCUUUCCCACCCAUCUUCCUUCCUUCCCCAGCCUCUGACAGAGAAGCUUCCAGACUAAAACAGCCCAGUCUGAGAGUAGGGUGGUGCAGUGCCUGGUGAAGCAUUACCCAGCCCUAGAGGGUUCGCUCUGCUGCUGGCUUUUUUCCUUCUACUUCUAAGAAGAACUGAUGGAGGUCCUUUACCUUUUUAAGUUUGUUGUUGCCCCUUCAGCUGGUGCCCUUAUUCAUGACUUAACUCUGGAAGUUUCCUACCAGUAAUCACUUACACUGUAAGUGAUGAGGGAUACAGGAGGACUUAGGGGUAUGCAGGGUCUUAAGUGGAGCAAAGGUAAAUCUUGAUGGCGCCAGUCAGAAUCUCCCCACCCACUGUCCAGCCUGCCCAGAGGUUGGAAGCUUCCCUGAGGACCCUGGGCCUUCUCUAGACCCAGGACCAUGCUAGGGGCCGGCAGGCGAACCAGGCUGGUGGUUUGGGGGUAUGAGUGCCAAGGGCCUCGGUGCUCAGAAGACUGGCUCUUUGGGGUACAAGGUCCAGGCCCCCUCCUUUGAGAUCCUCUCUUCUUGUCCCAUUUGAAGCCCUGGUUUUGUUUCCUUAAUAAAUUUUUAGUUAUGA